UCCGCCGUUAUCGCAGGUCACAGCCUGACAGCCAUAAACCUCCCCAACCCACCUCACCCAUCUGCGAACUCCGGCGAGAUGCUCCCGCUCCGGCUGCUGCCGCCGCUCUCGUUCCCACUGCCGCGUGGCCCCACGCCGCGCCGACUCUUCGCCACUGCGGCUUCCGCGUCGCCGCUCCCAUGGCCGGGCCUCCACGCAUGGCGCCGGGCCCCGCCAAGCGACCUCCGCACGUGGGGCCCGCACGGGCCCUGCGCUCCCCCCGACGCCGACGAGGCCGGCUCGGAGGAAGCUAGCGCGUCCUCGUCGCUGGCCGAGAUGGGCGCCCUCGUGCUGUCCACCGCCGACCCCCUCGCCAAGGCGCGGCUCACUCACGCUGCCUUCACACGGUGGGUCGCCGGGCUCCCCGUCGGCUUGGCCGGAGCCCCUGACCACCCCGCCAGGCCUGAUAAGCCCAUCGUGGUGACGCAGAAGGAGAUCACCACGCACAAGCAGAUGGGGGUGCCGCUCAACGCGUACAUGCUCCACAUGUUGGCGCACGUCGAGCUCAAUGCGAUCGACCUUGCCUGGGACACGGUCGUGCGGUUCUCGCCGCUCCGGGACACGCUGGGGGAUGGCUUCUUCGCGGAUUUUGCGCGUGUGGCUGACGAUGAGAGCCGGCAUUUUCGGUGGUACUCCCAGCGGCUCACUGAGCUUGGGUUCAGCUACGGUGAUAUGCCUGUUCACAAUCUUCUGUGGAGAGAGUGUGCGAAAUCCUCAAGUGACGUUUCCGCGCGAUUGGCAGUGAUACCGCUAGUUCAGGAAGCUCGAGGCCUUGAUGCUGGACCAAGACUUGUCCAUAAGUUACUUGGUUUUGGGGAUCAUAGAUCCGCAGAUAUUGUGAAUAAAGUAGCAGAGGAAGAGCUUGCACACGUUUCUGUAGGUUUGCAUUGGUUCCUGAAAGUAUGCCAAAUGAUGGGUCGUGUCCCAGAUGCAACUUUUAGAGACUUGAUAAAGGAGCAUGAUGUGGUGCUGAAGGGUCCAUUUAACUACUCAGCUCGCGAUGAAGCUGGCAUACCCCGAGAAUGGUAUGAAGAGAAGUUAAAGCAUGAAAAGCCAAGUAAACUUUUGGAGGUGCACGAUAGAUUAGCCUGCAUUGUUGAGAUGGAGAAGGAGAAUACAAGUUUGAAUGGCUAGAGUCGUAUUUG